GCUUGAGUCUUCUCUCUAAACUAAACCCUUCAACACGUGGAAACUGUAGGUGGACUGUGCAGCCAUGCAGGUGAUUGUAUUGUUCGCCGUGGCCGUGCUGUCUCUGAGCCCGGUGGCAGUUAGCGGAGCCGAGAAGAAGAAGCUGCAGAUCGGCAUCAAGAAGCGAGUGGACAACUGUCCUAUCAAGUCUCGCAAAGGAGACGUGCUGAACAUGCACUACACGGGCAAGCUAGAGGACGGGACGGAGUUUGACAGCAGCAUUCCCCGCGACAGGCCCUUCACCUUCACCCUGGGCACCGGGCAGGUGAUCAAAGGCUGGGACCAGGGCCUGCUGGGCAUGUGCGAGGGCGAGAAGAGGAAGCUGGUCAUCCCCGCCGAGCUGGGCUACGGAGACAGGGGAGCUCCCCCAAAGAUCCCCGGAGGAGCGACGCUCAUCUUUGAAGUGGAGCUGCUCAGCAUCGAGAGGAGAUCCGAGCUUUGAUGAAGAGGAGAUAGCAGACUUUCAAAACGUUCCAGGAGCUGCUGCAGCAUUACGUGAAGAUCAUCUGACCUCUGAUGAAGACUACAUGGGAAAUCUGGGAGUAUAAAUAGCUCUCCCCCCCCCACAUAGCCACUGUGCUCCUUUCACUGGCUUGGCUUAUUGUGCUCUGAUUUAUUGGUCUGAAGUUUUUAUAUGCUACAAGAUGUGGUGUAGGUCCAUGAGUAGAACUGCCAGUAAACACCUAAACCUAGUAUUUGGAUGUGGAUUGAUAAGGGAGUCAUGUCCUGCCGUGUCAUCUAACAUUUGUUUGUUAUUGUUUGUGAUUUAUAAGCAGGUUUAUUCAUAUUUUUACAUUUGUUUCAUUAAAUAAUUUAGUCAGAAAUCAGGCAGGGGACAAAUUAGGAUCAAUGUUUUUGUUCACUUUCAGUAUUUGUAUUGUGAUAAUAAAAUGUUGAAUUUACGGGAAAACA